AUGCACCUCCGGCUCCAUAGGGCUCGGUCCGUGGUGCUGACAAGUGAAGAACUCGUUGAAAUCCGCGCCGCCCAGCGUACCUUUGAAGGCGCUUACAUGCGCACCGCCUUGGGUCUCUUCUCUUUCUCCCUCGUCAUCCUCAAAGUCUUCACCGAAGAGUUCUACCCCAUCGGCGCCCUCUUCGCCGCCUUUGGCACCGCCAUUCUCCUCGUCUCCAUGUACCGCCGCUAUCAGGGCCACCGCCAGUUCUUUGUCGCCGAGUCGCCGGAUGGUGUCCUGCGCCGGAAAUUCCGGACCAGCGGCGAUACGGUUCUCCUCUUGACGGCGCUGAGUCUCUGUGCGUAUUCUACGUUGUUGGCGUUGACGUGGCGCCUCAAGGAUGUUUGA